CCCUUUUUUCUUGAUCGACUUGACCUGCCAAGCACUCUUGACCUCUUUUCCAGCCGUGCGUGCAGGGAAUAAACCACAGGCGAUCUGUCCGCCCUCGACCCAUCGCCGCACCUCAUCCAUCUCCAUCUGCCAACAUUUGCACCCCAUCGCUACAAACGCCUGCGAGUAUUCAAGAUGGCGGCUGGUAGCGCUCGCUACGUGCGAUACAUUCUUUUUUCUUGUUUUGUCAUCGCCAUCUUUUACUUCGUCUCACACUCUUCCUACGAUGGCGCUGUCCUGCGGCCUGAUGGCUACGCCAGCGGCGGCCAGAGCGGCCUGAACAACGACAAGGCAGCACAGCCGAACACGCCAGCGAACGACCCCAAGGCCGCGCCCGCCAAGCAAGAGACCCUGACCAAGGCGCCGGCGCCGGCCGGCGCCAAGGCCGAGUCAUCCACCUCGAAGCCGUCAUCGAAGCCCCAGAGCCCGGUCAAGGGCAGCGGCGCCGAGCACCCCAUGGCCAUGACGCCCGGCCUGCCCGAGUGGGAGGACCUCGUCAGUAUCGCACCCGGACCCCGCAUGAACGCGACCUUUGUGACGCUCGCCCGCAACUCGGACGUGUGGGAGAUUGCCGACUCGAUCCGCCAGGUCGAGGACCGCUUCAACAAGCGCUACAACUACGACUGGGUCUUCCUCAACGACCAGCCCUUCGACGACACGUUCAAAGCGGUGACGAGCUCGCUCUGCUCAGGAAAGACACACUACGGUCUCAUCCCCAAGGAGCACUGGUCCUUCCCCGAGUGGAUUGAUAAGGACAAGGCGGCAAAAGUCCGAGAAGACAUGAAGCAGCGUAAGAUCAUUUAUGGCGACUCGGUCAGCUACCGUCACAUGUGCCGCUUCGAGUCGGGCUUCUUCUUCCGCCAGGAGUUGAUGCUCAACUACGACUACUACUGGCGUGUGGAGCCGAGUAUCAAGCUGUACUGCGAUAUCCACUACGACCCUUUCCGCUUCAUGCACGAGAACAAGAAGAAGUACAGCUUUGUUCUGAGUCUGUACGAGUACAUCGAGACUAUUCCCACGCUUUGGGACAGCACCAAGAAGUUCAUGAAGGCCCACCCGGAGCACAUUGUCGAGGGCAACACCAUGGGAUUCCUCAGCGACGACGGCGGCGAGACGUACAACAAGUGCCAUUUCUGGUCCAACUUUGAGAUUGGCAGCCUGAACUGGCUUCGCUCCAAGCAGUACAUCGACUACUUUGAUGCCCUUGACAAGGACGGCGGCUUCUUUUACGAGCGCUGGGGUGACGCCCCCGUCCACUCGAUCGCUGCCGGCCUGAUGCUCAAGAAGGAGGAGAUCCACUUCUUCAACGACAUCGCCUACUGGCACGUGCCCUUCACACACUGCCCGACGGGCGAGAAGGUUCGCACUCAGCUUAAGUGCUCUUGUAACCCCAAGGAGAACUUUGACUGGAAGGGCUACUCCUGCACGUCGCGGUAUUUCGAUGUCACGGGCCAGAAGAAGCCCGAGGGCUGGGAGAACCAGACAGACUAACGUGAGAAAGGUCCGGGGUGCGUGUGUGUGGCAACGGCACGCCAUUGAAAUUGAGACGAUAGAUUCUAGUUGUAAUUUCCUUAUGCCCAUUUUCCAUCCUCAUUCCUCAUAAGAGCCCUUUUCAUUCCAACGACUGAGAUAUCCGGGUUUUAAAUUUUGCUGUUUUUCACAACUGGUUAGGGAGAAGCCAGCAGAUCUGGUACCUUUCCCUUGCACGCACUUGAAAGCAACAGGGCAGGACUUUAGCGGAAACUGGGACAAGCGAGAGGGAGGCGUCAGGAGGGUACAGACCAACGAAGGACAAAAGUAGCAAAGGGGACUUGGUGUGCGCUGGACUAAACCAUUAUGCAAAUAUUGUUUUUUUCUCCAGGCAACGCCUCGUGGAUUACACCACACACACACACACCAGU